AUGGACCCAAAGCAGCCCGACACGGCGGAGAAAAAAGCCAUGGCGUCGAUUGCGCCCAUGCUUGAAAGCUUCACGCCCAAAACCAGCGCCGAGGAAAACGGCAUGCCCAUGAUCACGCGGCGCCAGUCCGAGGAGGAAAACAGAACCAGUCUGAGCUCGCUGUGGGACGCUUUCCCCCGCCUCAACAAGACAGCAUCCAACUCGUCUGUGGGCAAUGGCACCGGCAGCAUCACUGGCGGCAACACGGCUGCAAACGCCACUGGAAACGGCGCCCCUGCUCCGUUGACGAAAAUCGGCAAAAUCGGUGUCUGUGCCAUGGACGCCAAGGCCAUGUCCAAGCCAUGCCGGCGCAUCUUGAACCGCUUGAUCGAGAACGGCGAGUUUGAAACGGUCAUUUUCGGCGACAAGGUCAUUUUGGACGAGAGUAUCGAAAACUGGCCCACGUGCGAUUUUUUGAUCAGUUUCUUCUCCACGGGCUUCCCGCUCGAUAAGGCCAUUGCCUACGCCAAGUACCGCCAGCCGUACAUGAUCAACGACUUGGUGUUGCAAAAAACCUUGUGGGACCGCCGCCUUGUCUUGUGCAUCUUGAAUCAUGCCAACGUCCCCACUCCUGAACGCUUGGAGAUCUCGCGUGACGGCGGGCCCCGCAUCUCGCAAGAGCUCAAGGACAAGUUGGUCGAGGUCGGCUUGCCGCAGGAUGCUGUUGACCGCUUGUGCAACCAGAAGGAGCCCACGUGGUACAUGGAAGACGAAGACACCUUGUGUGUGGACGGGAAGAAAAUGACCAAGCCGUUUGUCGAGAAGCCUGUGGAUGGCGAGGACCAUAAUGUGUACAUCUACUACCCUGCCGCCACCGGAGGCGGAGGACGCCGUCUUUUCCGGAAAAUCGGCAAUAAGUCCUCGGAGUUUGACCCAACAUUGAGCUCUCCACGUACUGAGGGCUCGUUCAUCUACGAAAAGUUCAUGGACACUGACAACUUCGAGGAUGUCAAGGCGUACACAGUAGGCCCAGACUUUUGCCAUGCAGAAACACGGAAAUCGCCUGUGGUGGAUGGAAUUGUGCGGCGCAAUACACACGGCAAGGAAAUCCGCUUUGUCACCGAGCUUACGCCAGCGGAGAAAACCAUGGCCCGCAACAUCAGCCGCAUUUUCCGCCAGGCCAUUUGUGGCUUUGACCUAUUGCGCGUCAAUGGACAGUCCUUUGUCAUUGACGUGAAUGGCUUUUCGUUCGUUAAGGACAAUAACGAGUACUAUGAUUCGUGCGCCGCCAUCUUGCGGCGGCUCUUCAUCGAGGCAAAGAAACGCCGUGACGUGCUCAAAACCCGGAUUCCACCUUCUCUUAUCAACCAGUCGCAGUUUGAGCAGAAAGAACAGAAGUGGGUCUUCAAAGGCAUGGUUUCGGUGAUCCGCCACGCAGACCGUACACCCAAACAAAAGUUCAAGUACCUGUUCCGGCUGCCGUUGUUCAUUUCUCUUUUGAAGGGCCAUAAGGAGGAGGUGAUUAUCCGGGCAGUGCCGGAUUUGCGUGUAGUGUUACAGACCGUGAAAGUGGCUGAGGAGAAGCAGCUCGAGGACCUCAAGAAGUUGCGCCAAUUGCGCGAAGCGUUGGAGAAGAAAAUCGAUUUCCCAGGUACCAAAAUCCAGUUGAAGCCAUCCUUGAAUGCUGCAGACCCGGAAAUUGUCGACAAGGUUCAGUUUAUUUUGAAGUGGGGUGGUGAACCAACGCAUUCGGCAAAGCACCAGGCUUCCGAUGUUGGUGAACAGCUUCGCCAGAAUAUCAAGUUGUUAAACAAGGAAGCAUUGAAUGAUGUGAAAGUUUAUACUCUGUCAGAGCGGCGAGUCAUUGCCAGUGCCCACUUGGCCACGUGCUCCAUGUUGGGCUUGGAAGACUUGCCUGACGAUUUCUUGAUCAUCCGCAAAGAUUUAUUGGACGAUCUGAAUGCCGCCAAAGAUCUCAUGGACAAGGUCAAGAAGAAGUUGAAGCCGUUGUUGCGUCAAGGAGCAGAAGCACCACGCCAGUUCACUUGGCCACCUCGUAUGCCGCAGCCAUUUGUGGUGAUCAAGCGUGUUUGUGAGUUGAUGAACUACCAUCGUGAGAUUAUGCACCACAACUUUGAGAAACACGACGUGUCUAAGUUCCAAGAAACGUGGUGCUGUGGUGAAGACCCGCAAUUGUUCCGCGAACGUUGGGACAAGUUAUUCCUGGAGUUUACGACGGUGGAGAAAACCCAUCCUUCUAAGAUCUCCGAAUUGUACGACACCAUGAAGUACGAUGCGCUUCACAAUAGACAUUUCUUGCAAAAUGUGUUUGCCUACGAUCCAAACGACAAUGAGUUGAUGCAACGCUUAGCCAAAGUCUGCGGUGACACUAUCAAUUCUCUGGGCUUGGUUUCUGAGUAUCCAAUCAACAUUUUAGCGAUGAACAACUUUAAGCUUCCAAGCGACCCAACGUCAAGCGGAAACUCGGCGUCCAAUUCUACCGCUAAUCUACUGAACAUUGCAAACUCUACCGCGUCUGCUGGGUCUUUGGGUUGGGUUUUGAAAGGUGCCACGGCGUCCGUGCUGGAAUCUUCUGCUAAUAACGAGUCCAACACUAAGGGCAAACCGCUGUUGAAGGCGCCCGACAAUCCAUUUGACCACCCAACGUUCGCUCGUCUCCGUGAGUUGUAUCGUCUUUCUAAAGUGUUGUUUGACUUCAUCUGUCCACAAGAGUAUGGUAUCAAGGACGAGGAGAAGUUGGACAUUGGCUUGUUGACUUCGCUUCCUUUGGCAAAACAAAUUUUGUCGGACAUCCAGGAUAUGAAAAAGCAUGACAAGGCUGCAGUGGUGAACUACUUCACUAAGGAGUCGCAUAUCUACACUUUGUUGAACAUCAUCUAUGGAUCGCAGCUCCCAAUGAAGAUUGCACGUAACGCAUUGCCCGAGUUGGACUACUUGUCACAAAUUGUGUUUGAGAUUUACGAGUCCGGUGAUCCAAAUAGUCCUUCUGGCCAGAAACACUCCAUCCGGUUAUCUUUAUCACCUGGAUGCCACACCCAGGAUCCAUUGGACGUGAGCCUUGAUGACGACCACUACAUUGGAUGUAUUCCUCGCAUCAGUUUGACCAGACAUUUGGAUAUGGACUUGGUCAGUCAGAAGUUGAAGUCGCGGUUCCCUCGUGUGUCUUUGCCAAAGAAGUUCACACCGGUCAACAUUUCGAGUCCUCUCACAACAGCAUUGUAG